ACGUGCUUAAUAUCUAGAACAGCGCUCUUCAAUUGAAUAAAUCAAUCAUGCUUUAGUGCAUGUGAAAUUCAGAAUACUCUAUUUAUGUGAAAUGGAUAUUGUUGGAAUAACGCAUUUUAGUCGUUGGAAUGUUGGUCAUAAUUACAUUAAUGUGUUUGUGAUCGGUUAACCUGUGUAAAUACAGAAGUACAUGGGAGUGACGGUUGUUCGGUUAAAGUUUCUGCAUAUUGUUUAGUGAUUAAGAUAUUUAUACAAUCUUUUAUAAUUGAUGCACAUUUUUCUAAAAGGAAGUUCAAGUUUGUAUAUAAUUAUAUAAUCAUGCUUAGUGACAUUACCAAGUUUCUAAUUCCAAUAACAUUGCAUAAUAAUUAGACCUAAAAGGAUCUUGCACUGGAGUAAAAAUAAAUCAAACAUAUGACUAUAGAAACACACAAAGCCCAUUGAUUGGAAGUGUAAACAAAUAUAUCGACAAAUUAUAUAAAACAAACCAUUUCGUAGACGCCUAUGUUGAUAACCCCACAGCGCGAAUUCAUUACCAUGGUAACCCGGUUUUUUCCUAUGAUUAAACUAUUUACACGGACGAUAAUUCAGUAUGCCGUGCAAAGUUGCCAUCCUUUGGCGCUUCGUGGUCAGCCUUAAAUAGUGCAUACUUUCGUGUUUCGAAAUUAUAUAACUCACUUUAUUUUUAUCCUUCAAUAUGUUCGUAAUUAAGUAACACAUUCAGGGACUAAAUGAAUCAAAUUUUAAAACAAUAUUUAAUUUCGCUUAUAGUGUGCUUUCUUUGCUUAAUAGCUUAUAAGUUUAAUCAUAUGUUACUAACCGAUAAAUUAGAGUGUUGAUUUGCUUAGUGUGGUAUUAUUAACAAAACACAGGUUCUGUAAAUGUUUAUGUACGUUUCGUAAUUGAAAACAAAUGACAGCAAUAUUACAAACUCUAUUACGUCAAAUUAAAUGAAACCGAAUAUUUUUGACGAUACAUGUCCUAACCAAGGUUUCCACAAUUUCUUAAUUUAAUGCAAAGUUGCAGCGUACUCAGCGUUAUCACAAUCUAUACGUCAAGAGGAGUAUUGUUGACUAAAAUACACACAAGUCUCUAUCAUUUCAAAGGUUCCAAUUUAUAUUUUCAGAACAAAUUACCGCUGAGUGAUUAAUAAUGUCUGAGGAAAAAUCAACGAGAUUAACGGACUCUCCACGCAAGAUAACUCAUUUGCAGGUGACACGGAAACUAAGCCGAGGUGGCGGUGACUCAGUUGACGCUGAUGAGUACGCAAGUGAAUAUUACAAUUUUCAAGACCGUCGCGGUUCAAGUCAGUCAAUAACACGGUACAAUUCAUGUCCCCAACUUGCUGAGGGAGACUCGGAGCACACUGAAAGCUACGAGCGCACUGUGGAUGAUAUAAAUACGAACACAAGUGCUCUGAACCGUGAUAUGCACUGUGUAAUCAUCCAAGGACCUUCUCCGCUGUUUAACAGGAAGGGACUGCGUGAGAAUGGUCAAGUGUCGGACACGCCAACGCCCCCUUCUACACCAAAGAGUCGCAGGAGCGUCGUCUCGUCGCGUGAUUCCCUUCUGUCUUCACCCGAUAAAUUAUGUGUUACGUCACCAAUUGCUUCUCCACGUUUGUUACUGAGAAAACAGCUUAUCCGAAGUGCGUUAAGCAGAGAUUCGUCUGUUGACAGCUUAAAAGACCAGUCCCCUGUUGAUAAUCAAAAGAAAAUUCCACUGAGUGUUGAAAACCUUUCUAAAUUUGAUGAAAUAAAAACCGGCGACGAACCCAUAAAUACAAUAGUAGGGCAAACGGUUCGAAUUGGGAGUGUUCGUUCCCGAAAGAUGUCUCAAACAAUUGAAGCUUCGGAGUCGUUGAGCAAAUGUGAAAAUUGGUUGCAAACGCUAAACAUUGCUCAGACGGACAAAGUCAAGUCAAGAAGUCAUAUACAACUCCCACCAAUAUAGCGACAAUAAUUAAUUCAAUGACAUUACUGGUAAUCAAAGUUGUUUCAUUUAUGAUAAUAAUAUAGGAACC